UUUUAAAUUUAUUCCGUAAAAAUAUUUCUUAAAUGUAACAAAGAAUUGAAAGGAAAAAAAAAGAAUAAAUUGAUCAAAAAAUUGUAAACUUCGUAUAGGUUAGUUUGUGUCUUCGGAUUUUGAUUGGCUAAAAACUGUAAGAAUUAAUUAAUCACAUAAUAAUGCAUUUAUAAUUAAAUUUUAAUUUGUUCAUUAAUAGUUUUGAUAACUCUAAAUCAUAAAUUAUUUUAAAACAAAUGAAGUAUUAAAAAUCCUAUUUAAGCAAGACUGGUGCACAAAAUGUCUUGUAUCAGUUUGGUUUUAUUUUUAGGUGUUUAAACUUAGUAAAAAUUUUGAAUUUAGACUUUUUCUUUGUCCCUCCAUUUAUGCCGCCGAAAAUAUGCAAAUUAUUUUCUCUUUUAUCCAAUAAGCCAAACAAUCAAAAUUCAUCUCAGUUCUUAUAUAAAUAUGUCAAUAUUUACACUUCAUUUAUAAAAACCACAAUUUACUUAAGUGAAAUAAAAAUCUAUAAUAAUGAAAUUUCCAUAUUCUCUAUCCAAACAAUUUCCGAUCCCUAUUUUGGUCAUGAAAUUCCUCAUCAUACAAAGUGUUUCGUCACUGAACCUUACCAAUGAGUAUCUCAACCACAAAUGCCUCAAUCAAGGGAAAUAUAAAUCUGGAAGUGAGUACGAGAACAAUCUCAACUCGAUCUUUCACGACUUUUCUACUAGUGAUUAUGCUGAAACCGGUUUCUUAGAUGCAAGUCUUGGAAAAACGACAGCGGAUUCUGUUACUGUCACUCUCCAGUGUCGUGGUGACUCUUAUAGAUCUAAUUGUCGUACAUGCGUUGACACUGCAAUUUCGGGGUUUCGUAAGAGAUGUCCGAGUAACAAAGGAGGAAUAAUAUGGUACGAUCAAUGUCUUCUUUAUAUUACUACAAUCAAAGUAAAGAGUCCAUUCAAGAUUAAUUACGAGAACAUUUUUUCUAUGCACAACCCAAAUAACGUGAGAGAGGAUGCAAAACUGUUUGCUAUGAGGGUGAGGGAUUUUUUCUCUGAGCUAACACUUAAAGUCAAGAAAAUCACCAAUAACGGUCUUCUCAAUUUUUACGCGGCGGGAGAAAAGAAGCUUGGAAAAAAUAAAUUAUAUGCAAUGGUGCAAUGUAUAGAACUAACAAGAGACUGUAAAGGUUGUUUGGCAUGGAGUAUCACAAAGAUUUUAACAAACAACGACAUUAAACAAGGUGGGAGGGUUUUGGGUACGAAUUGUAAUGUAAGGUAUGAGCUAUACCCUUUUCUUAGAAGUUAAGCAUUUUUAAGUUAUGAUUACUUUUUCUUUUUGUUGCUAAAAUGCAAUAUACGUAUAUCAAUAAAAAGAGUGUUUACAAAAGCAGAUCCAAAGUAUUUUUAGAAGCAAAAAUGACACAUCAUUUGUUAAAUUUUUUUUAAUUCGAAUAAGUUUAACAUUUAUUCAAAACAAAAGUUAAAAGAUCAAAACUGAAUUUUUAAAACAAUGAUUUUCGAAUGGGUUGGAAUUCUUGAGCCUAUAACCCAACUGACUUGUUUUCACCCUCAGUAAAGCUUUGCUUUGAUGACUUCAGUUGAUAGUUGACAUGAUUAUGAAUGAUGUUUGGUAACUCUCUUACUGAGUGAUGAGGCUACUGGUUCUUACUGCGAUUAAAAAUUUUUCCAGAUUAAAUAUUUGGUUGAUUGAAAAGUGAGUUUAACAAGCACCAUGUCAUGCUCAUUUAUCCUCGUAUGUUUUAUUGUGCAUUGCAUGAUCUACCAGUCCAGCCCAGGUUCAUCUUCUCUCAGUAGUUGAGCAGAACAAUUCUCAUAACUUACGUGAAUUCUAAAACGUUGAACCAGUUGAAAAUUAAAAAUGAGUUGAUUACACCAAAGGACACUUUUUGUCUUUCUUUUACACCUAGAGACACUUUUCAAAUUUGACACACUUUCUGGUGGGACCUAUGCGUUUUUUUGACAAAUCUACCCUUAAUGAGAAGGAAAAAAUGUUUGUGGACAUGGAUACAUGAAAAUUUGUGGACAUAGGUACAUUAAUGUUUGUGGACAAAGCAAGUUGUGAACGAACAAUUUUAACGUACAUAUCUCUUAUACACAUCAACAUCUUGUAUAAAUGAUAUUGAUUAUAUAGAACGAUGAUAUCGUUUGAACCAAUAAAUUGUGGAUAUACAAAUUGUGGACGAGUUGAUAUUAAUUAUAUUAAAUGAAUGAUAUGGUUUGAACCAAUGAAUUGUAGAUAUACAGAUUGUGGACGGGUUGGUAUUGAUUAUAUAGAAUGAAUGAUAUUGUUUGAACCAAUGAAUUGUGGAUACAAAUUGUAGACGGGUUUCUGGCCUUAAUCUUGCUGAUAAAAAGUUCAAUUUAAUAGAUCAGCGCAUGAUUACAUCAACAACAAAAAAAAAACUAAUUAAAAGCAAU